CUACCUUGAUGUGCGUAUCGUCUUCAUCAAGAUGGCUGCUGUUGUUUGGGAUGAAGAAUGAUCUCUGCCUGACAUCCAUCAACAAAAACUCCAGCCAGCACGUCAACAUCUUCCACAAUCCCGACCGGACCGAACCUGACCACCUGAACCCAAACUUCGUGAUUUGUUCUGGAGACGCAGUGACAGACCACCAACAUGGACACCACCACGUCCAUCAAGAUGACCACGCUGGCCAUCCAGAACCUGUUUAGCUACGUAGAGGAGGAAAACCUGACGGCGCUUCGGGCUCAUCUGGACCGCUUUAAUGAAGUGGACGGACGCAGCGAUAAUGGACAGACGCCGCUGAUGCUGGCGGCCGAGCAGGGCAGCCUGGACAUCGUGCAGGAACUCAUCAGGCGAGGAGCCAAUGUCAACCUGGACGAUGUGGAUUGCUGGUCGGCACUGAUCUCGGCCGCUAAGGAGGGUCACGUGGAGGUGGUGAAGGAGCUGCUGGAGAACAGCGCUUACAUUGAGCAUCGCGACAUGGGAGGGUGGACGGCACUGAUGUGGGCGGCUUACAAAGGUCGCAUUGAAGUCACCAAAGUGCUGCUGGAGGAGGGGGCCAACCCCAACACCACUGGGCAGCAAUACAGCGUGUAUCCCAUCAUCUGGGCGUCGGGACGGGGACACGCCCACAUCGUCAAACUGUUGUUGGAGGGCGGAGCCAAAGUCAACUGUUCUGACAAGUAUGGGACCACUCCUUUGAUCUGGGCGUCCAGGAAAGGACAUAUUGACUGCGUCAUGCACCUGCUGGAGAACGGUGCAGAUGUCGACCAGGAGGGGGCGAACUCCAUGACGGCUCUGAUCGUGGCGGUGAAGGGCGGCUACACGGAUGUGGUAAAGGAACUUCUGAAGAGGAACCCAAACGUUAACAUGACCGACAAAGAUGGCAACACAGCACUGAUGAUUGCCGCCAAGGAGGGCUACACUGAGAUCGUGCAGGACCUGUUAGACGCCGGCACUUACGUCAACAUCCCCGAUCGAAGCGGCGACACGGUGCUGAUCGGAGCGGUGAGGGGGGGUCACGUAGAGAUCGUCAGAGCUCUGCUGCACAAAUACGCCGACAUUGACAUCAGAGGACAGGAGUGUAAGACGGCACUCUACUGGGCAGUGGAGAAAGGCAACGCCACCAUGGUGAGGGACAUCCUGCAGUGCAACCCUGACACAGAGAUGUGCACCAAGGACGGCGAGACACCUUUGAUCAAAGCCACCAAGAUGAGGAGUGUGGAGAUCGUGGAGCUGCUGCUCGAUAAAGGAGCCAAAGUGUCUGCCGUGGACAAAAAAGGAGACACACCUCUCCACAUCGCCAUCCGGGGGCGCAGCCGCCGUCUGGCCGAGCUCCUCCUGAGAAACCCCAAAGAUGGCCGCCUGCUGUACCGGCCCAACAAGGCGGGAGAGACGCCGUACAACAUUGACUGCAGCCACCAGAAAAGCAUUCUCACGCAGAUCUUUGGAGCCCGUCACCUGUCUCCCACUGAGUCAGAUGGAGACAUGUUGGGCUACGACCUCUACAGCUCCGCCCUUGCUGACAUCUUGAGCGAGCCCACCAUGCAGCCCCCCAUCUGUGUAGGCCUGUACGCCCAGUGGGGCAGCGGCAAGUCCUUUCUGCUCAAGAAGCUGGAGGAUGAGAUGAAGACAUUUGCGGGGCAGCAGAUUGAGCCGUUGUUUCGGUUGUCUUGGCUGGUGGUCUUUCUCUCUUUGCUUGUCUGCGGAUCAGUUGCCACUGUGCUUGGCUUCACCUUUGACCCCAGGCUAGCCAUGGCCGUCUCCCUCAGCCUGUUGGCCCUGCUAUACCUUUUCUUUGUGGUGGUUUACUUUGGCGGCCGCCGUGAGGGUGACAACUGGAACUGGGCGUGGCUUCUCAGCAGCCGUUUGGCCCGCCAUGUCGGCUAUUUGGAGCUCCUCCUCAAGCUGAUGUUUGUCAACCCGCCAGAACUGCCGGAGCAAAGCACUAGAGCUCUGCCUGUCAGGUUUCUGUUUACAGAUUAUAAUCGACUGUCAAGCGUUGGAGGCGAGACAUCCAUGGCUGAAAUGAUCGCCACACUGUCUGAUGCUUGUGAGAGAGAGUUUGGAUUCCUAGCAACACGCCUCUUCAGAGUGUUUAAGACUGAGGAGACACAAGGAAAGAGCAAGUGGAAGAAGACGUGUUGUGUUCCGUCCUUUGUGCUCUUCGCAUUGGUGAUGGCGUGCUUUGUCAGUGGCAUGGCACUGCUGGCCAUCUUUCGCGUGGACAGCGAGAACCAGACCGUGAACGGCAUGCUGAUGGCUCUGGGUAGCGUGGUGGGCGUGGCUCUGCUGCUGAACUGCCGCACAUGGUGGCGGGUGUCCGACUCGGUGAUGAACUCGCAGAGGAAGAGGCUGCACAGCGCCGCCAACAGGAUGCACAGGUUGAAGAGCGAAGGCUUCAUGAAGGUCCUCAAGAACGAGGUGGAGCUCAUGGCCAAAAUGGCAAAGACCAUUGACGGUUUCACGCAGCACCAAACCAGGCUGGCGGUCGUCAUCGACGGACUGGACUCGUGCGAACAGGACAAAGUUCUGCAGAUGCUCGACACGGUCCGAGUCCUGUUCUCCAAAGGGCCCUUCAUCUCCAUCUUUGCCAGCGACCCGCAUAUCAUCAUCAAGGCCAUCAACCAGAACCUUAACAGCGUUCUGCGGGACUCCAACAUCAACGGACAUGACUACAUGAGGAACAUCGUCCACCUGCCUGUCUUCCUCAACAGCAGAGGUCUGUCCAGCGCCAGGAAGAUGUGCGCCGCCGCCACCACUGUCACGCCGGGUAAUGGGGACGCCGCUCCUGCUGAUGGUUGGCACGAGGAGUUGGACAGGAAACUGUCUCAGCACAGUUUGGGAGAACUGACCAAGUUUGGAAGCAAGACCACCCUCAACCGCCGGGACACAUACCGGCGACGCCAUGUUCAGCGAUCAGUGACUCGUCAGAUGUCGUUUGAUUUGACCAAGCUGAUGGUGACUGAAGACUGGUUCACUGACAUCAGUCCUCAGACCAUGAGGAGACUUCUCAACAUCGUGUCUGUGACCGGUCGUCUGCUGAGAGCCAAUCAGAUCUCCUUUAAUUGGGACCGCCUGGCGUCCUGGAUAAACCUGACGGAGCAGUGGCCUUACAGGACGUCUUGGCUCAUCCUGUACCUGGAGGAGAGCGACGGCGUCGCCGACCAGGUCGCGCUCAAAAACAUUUAUGAGAGAGUUCUGAAGAACAUUCCCACCACCAAAGAUGUGGAACCUCUGCUGGAAAUCGACGGAGACGUCCGCAGCUUUGAAGUCUUCUUGUCCUCACGGACUCCAGUUCUAACGGCCCGAGACAUUCGGACCUUCCUGCCCUGCACCGUCAACUUGGACCCCAAACUCCGUGAAAUCAUUGCAGAUGUCCGUGCAGCCCGGGAGCAGGUGAACAUGGGCGGAGUCACAUAUCCGUCAAUCCCGCUGCAGGAUGCUCAGCCCCGCCCCACUUCCAUGUUCAGUCAGGUUUCAUCCACCUGCUCGCCCUCUGCCUCUUUUAUCGGCCCCUUCAACCAGCCAGUAGGGGGCGUGGUCUCUCCGCCGCCUCACAGCAGCUACUACAGCGGCAUGGCGGGACCACAGCACCCCUUCUAUAACAGGCCAUAUUUUCCCCACCACCUUCACCAGCUGCCACGCCCCAUCAUGGCGUCCUACCCAUCACACCUUGUUCCUCGUCUGCUCGUUAAAAGCUCCUUUCCCCGGGAUGCCACUUCUUGUCUCCUCCAGGGCUCCGCCUCUGUGGUGUCGGGGACUCCACCCACCCUCCUCAGCUCCAUGACGACAGACGGCGUGUGCGAGCGCGUGCGUCACAUUGAGGGCAUUGACCAGAGCAUGCUGACGGCGUACACGACCACCAUCGGGAAGGCCAACGUCAAUGGUCGAGUUCUGUCGCAGUGCAACGUGGACGAGCUCAAGAAGGAGAUGAACAUGAACUUUGGAGACUGGCAACUUUUUAGAGCCACGGUGCUGGAAAUGCGGCAAAUAGAGAACCAAGUGCUGCACGAGGAGGCCGCCAGCGAGCAAGGCAGCAUUGUCGCAGGUCUCCCUGAGGCGGGCCGGCGGGCUGGGGUUCCCCCCCGUACCGGCAACGCCCCCAACGACAUGUCUCCAAUGUACAGCUUCAGCCUGAGCUUUGAAGAGCUGAGCACGCUGGGCCUGGACGAGCCGCCACGUCAUGCCAAUGCACAAUGGAUGGUUGGACCUCAACGGACCAGCAGCAUGACAAGCCUGAACUCACAGGAAUCAAGCAACGACAUUGUCAGGCUAACGGACAAGCAGCAGGCCGAGUACCGCGACGCUUACCAAGAGUACAUUGCUCAGAUGGCACAGCUGGAGGUGGGAGGUGGCAGCGGCAGGGAGAAGCUGGUCCAGCCUCAGCCCGGACACUUCAUGACACCACCUUGCGAGGACAGGAGCAAGGAGGCUGCGGAGCCAGAUGGACGAAAGUCGUUUAGCAAGAGGGCCGCUGUCAAAAUAGCGAAUGAUAACACCGACUUUGCGGCCAACAGUGAAGCUCUGGAUCCCAUCAGAGAGGAAGAUGAAAAGGGAGAACAUGGAUCCUCAAAAUCCUUGCUGGCCCGCAAGACUUCCUCAGAAAGAGGUGGGCUUUUCCCGGAUGUCGCUGACUUUAAGUCAAAGGCGAGUGGUGGUCUGCGCUACCAGAAGUUGACCAGUGACGACGAUGAGUCCGAAGAGUCUGAGCUGCUGAAAGAGGGCAAAAUGGCAGGAGACGCCAAGGCAGGCAUGUGCUCGUUGGCUCUGAAGGGGAAGGACUACUUGUCUGAUGCCACGCUGGACAAGAAGGACUCGUCAGACUCCGGCGUGCGCUCCAACGAGAGUUCUCCAAACCACUCGCUGCAGGACGAGGAGGCGGACCUGUCGCAGCUGGACAGGUCCAACUUGAUCGAGCUGGAUGAUGAUGGUGGCGCCAGGAAGCGCGGCCUUCCCGCCGAUCUCCAGGAUGCUGCCGUGACCCGCAUGUCCAUCUGCUCCGAGGACCAGUGCAGCCUGCUGGCCACCAGCCCGGACGACACCUGGUCUGGUUCCAAGAGCUGGAACCUCAACCACACGCCCAGCAGCGUCACGCUCAACAACAACACCAACACCCAACAGGGGGAGCAGCAAACACCCCACACCUCUGCUCCCUCCACCGACAUAAUCGACCCACUCACAUCCACUGCCCCCACCCGGCCCGGUCCCAAUAACGAGAACGUGCGAGUGGUCCACCUGAAGAGGGGCCUGAAGCCCGGAGACCCACCCGAGGUGUGCACCAUGUCAGCAGACGCCGUCGCCUUUGGUGAGGAGCGUGAAAGCAUCCUGUGACCCUUCUCCGUCAGCCAAUCACAAGCCUGUAACUUCAUGUGACUUGCGUCUGUGUCUAGAUGCAUGCUAACUGUCAAAUUAGCGCUUGAUGUCGUAUUUAUUUGGAUGUUUAAAAAAGCAACAAAAAAAUGUUUGUUAGCGUGUUUACAAAAGCAUGUGUAUGACAGCUGAUCAGACCGGCCUUAGAUAAACUCCUCUUUUAAACAUGUUUUAAUGUCUGAAAUGUUGACAAGUAAAGUAUGAGAUGUCAAGUGAUAGAAUAAAUCUGCUCUAAUGGAAUAAUAGAGUAUGUGCAUGAUAAAGAAUUAAAUAAGU